AGCAUGUGGAAGCAUAUAUGGAAUCUUUCAAUUGCAGGUCUCUGGCCUGUCAGGAGGACCUUGGUGCUGCAGUGGAAGCCAGCGGCUAAGUCUUGUGUAUGGCGUGGUUAAGGUUGCAGCCUGUCACCUCUGCCUUUCUCCAUUUUGGGCUGAUUACUUUUGUGCUCUUCCUGAAUGGUCUUCGGGCAGAGGCCGGUAGCUCAGGAGAUGUGCCCAGUACAGGGCAGAACAAUGAGUCCUGUUCAGGGUCAUCGGACUGCAAGGAGGGUGUCAUCCUCCCCAUCUGGUACCCGGAGAACCCUUCCCUGGGGGAUAAGAUUGCCAGGGUCAUUGUCUACUUUGUGGCCCUGAUAUACAUGUUCCUUGGGGUGUCCAUCAUUGCUGACCGCUUCAUGGCAUCUAUUGAAGUCAUCACUUCUCAAGAGAGAGAGGUGACCAUCAAAAAGCCCAAUGGAGAGACCAGCACAACCACAAUUCGGGUCUGGAAUGAAACUGUCUCCAAUCUGACCCUUAUGGCCCUGGGUUCCUCUGCUCCUGAGAUCCUCCUCUCUCUGAUUGAGGUUUGUGGUCAUGGCUUCAUAGCUGGCGAUCUGGGGCCUUCCACCAUCGUUGGCAGUGCAGCUUUCAACAUGUUCAUCAUCAUCGGCAUCUGUGUCUAUGUCAUCCCUGAUGGAGAGACUCGCAAGAUCAAGCACCUGCGCGUCUUCUUCGUCACGGCUGCCUGGAGCAUCUUUGCCUACAUCUGGCUCUAUAUGAUCCUGGCCGUGUUCUCUCCUGGUGUGGUCCAGGUGUGGGAGGGCCUCCUCACGCUCUUCUUCUUCCCAGUGUGUGUGCUUCUAGCCUGGAUGGCAGAUAGACGGCUGCUCUUCUACAAGUACAUGCACAAAAAGUACCGUGCAGAUAAACACCGAGGGAUUAUCAUAGAGACAGAGGGUGACCACCCCAAGGGCAUUGAGAUGGAUGGGAAAAUGAUGAAUUCCCACUUCCUAGAUGGGAAUCUCGUGCCCCUGGAAGGCAAGGAAGUGGACGAGUCCCGCAGGGAGAUGAUCCGGAUUCUCAAGGAUCUGAAGCAAAAACACCCAGAGAAGGACUUAGAUCAGCUAGUGGAGAUGGCCAAUUACUACGCUCUUUCCCAUCAACAGAAGAGCCGCGCCUUCUACCGGAUCCAAGCCACUCGGAUGAUGACUGGUGCAGGCAAUAUCCUAAAGAAGCACGCAGCGGAGCAAGCCAAGAAGGCCUCGAGCAUGAACGAGGUGCACACCGAUGAGCCUGAGGACUUUGUCUCUAAGGUCUUCUUUGACCCAUGCUCUUACCAGUGCCUGGAGAACUGUGGAGCUGUGCUCCUGACAGUGGUGAGGAAAGGGGGGGAUACGUCCAAGACCAUGUAUGUGGACUACAAAACAGAGGAUGGAUCUGCCAACGCAGGGGCUGACUAUGAGUUCACAGAGGGCACUGUGGUUCUGAAGCCAGGAGAGACCCAGAAGGAGUUCUCCGUGGGCAUCAUUGAUGAUGACAUUUUUGAGGAGGAUGAACAUUUCUUCGUGAGGCUGAGCAACGUUCGCCUGGAGGAGGAGCAGGUGGAGGAGGGGAUGCCUCCAACAGUACUCAAUAGCCUUCCCCUGCCACGGGCCGUCCUGGCAUCCCCAUGUGUGGCCACAGUCACUAUCCUGGAUGAUGACCACGCAGGCAUCUUCACUUUUGAAUGUGACACUAUUCAUGUCAGUGAGAGUAUUGGUGUCAUGGAGGUCAAGGUUCUGCGGACAUCAGGUGCCCGGGGCACAGUCAUCUUACCUUUUAGGACAGUGGAAGGGACAGCCAAGGGUGGUGGUGAAGAUUUUGAAGACACAUACGGGGAGCUGGAAUUCAAGAAUGAUGAAACCGUGAAAACCGUAAGGGUUAAAAUAGUAGAUGAGGAGGAAUACGAAAGGCAAGAGAAUUUCUUCAUUGCCCUUGGUGAGCCGAAAUGGAUGGAACGUGGAAUAUCAGAGGUGACAGACAGGAAACUGACUGUGGAGGAAGAGGAAGCCAAGAGGAUAGCAGAAAUGGGAAAGCCAAUAUUGGGUGAACAUCCCAAACUAGAGGUCAUCAUUGAAGAGUCCUAUGAGUUCAAGAGUACAGUGGACAAACUGAUCAAGAAGACAAACCUGGCCUUAGUCGUGGGCACCCAUUCCUGGAGGGACCAGUUCAUGGAGGCCAUCACUGUUAGUGCAGCAGGAGAUGAGGAUGAGGAUGAGUCUGGUGAAGAGAGGCUGCCAUCCUGCUUUGACUACGUCAUGCACUUCCUGACAGUCUUCUGGAAGGUGCUGUUUGCCUGCGUGCCCCCCACAGAGUACUGCCAUGGGUGGGCCUGCUUUGUCGUCUCCAUUCUCAUCAUCGGCAUGCUCACAGCCAUCAUCGGCGACCUGGCCUCCCACUUCGGCUGCACCAUUGGCCUCAAAGACUCAGUCACAGCUGUUGUUUUCGUGGCAUUUGGCACCUCUGUGCCAGAUACAUUUGCUAGCAAAGCUGCUGCCAUCCAGGACGUGUAUGCAGACGCCUCCAUUGGCAACGUCACGGGCAGCAAUGCCGUCAAUGUCUUCCUGGGCAUCGGCCUGGCCUGGUCCGUGGCUGCCAUCUACUGGGCCCUGCAGGGACAGGAGUUCCACGUGUCGGCCGGCACACUGGCCUUCUCCGUCACGCUCUUCACCAUCUUUGCGUUCGUCUGCAUCAGCGUGCUCCUGUACCGCCGGCGGCCCCACCUGGGCGGGGAGCUGGGUGGGCCUCGUGGCUGCAAGCUCGCCACGACGUGGCUCUUUGUGAGCCUGUGGCUCCUCUACAUACUUUUUGCCACGCUGGAGGCCUACUGCUACAUCAAGGGAUUCUGAGCCACAGAAGGAGGCCUCGCACAGGGCAGGCUGGGACUUCUCCCAAGAGGAGGGCUCUUCCCCACCUGUGACCUCUCCUGGGUGAGGGGCCCUGGAGGGGCCACGUCAGGACCCGAGCCCCAGGAACUUCAGCCGACUCCAGCCCUGGCAGUGAACUGAAAGGGCAGGGUCUUAAACAGAAUGGAGGAAACAUCCACUUCACAAAGUAUUUAAUUCAAUACCAAUCAGCAACAGCAAGUCACAAGUCAUCUCCUGCUCACAUCCCUGGCCCCUUAGCAAAGGUCAGACCCUUUCACCAUCUUCGAGUCCACCUUCUGAUUGUCCCUUGACUUCUGUUUCUUUAGGGGCAGGGUUUCUGCAGUCUGUCCAAUGCGAUACCUCACUGCUCUCUCACUCAGCUGGCGAGAAGUGACAGGGAGUCCUAGCUAUGUGGCUGGUUUGGGGUUCUCUUCCUUGUGAUCUUUAUUGUGGUUGCUUUCAUUUUCCCAUCGGGUUUUGCGCAUUGUUAGUUGUCUGUUUUGUCUUUUCUUUCUGAAGUUAGUGACACAGGUGCUGUGAAGGGGCUCGGUCUGAGCUGACAGCAAGAGGCAUGCAUUUCAGAUCCACAGCCCCCCACCCACCCACACUGGCUAAUGGCUGUCUUUUGGCUCCUUCAAGGUCUUGUCCUCCAUCUCUUUAUUAUCUCUGAAGUCUUUAGAGCUGGUGGCAUCUGGGGGGAAGUUGGUUCGCAACCCGUGCAGGGCGCUAAAGAACAGUGGGGACUUGUGGCAGAGGGAGCAAUAUAUACUUAUGUCUAAGUCAAGGUUAAACAAAGUCAUGUUUCUUUCCUCUGCCCUAGCCCUUCAAACCCUGUGUGUCCUUGUGUCAUUGUCCAUGCUUAGCCCUCUGCACAGGGGGCCAUGGGACAAAAAUAAGAAUGGUAUGUCAUGGCAGAGGGCAGCUGGGGAGACAAAAGGCACAGAUGCCCUUCUUGAUAUCUUUGGCUCCGUAUCUGAGGCAGGAGAGGAGCAGUGUCCAACGAGCACGAUCUUUAAGAGGAAAGAUUCUAUUUAAAAUGUCAGUGCUCCGAGAAAUGUCAGCCUCAUCACCUCCUCUCUCUCCUCAUGCACCAUUCUAAGCGGUCUGAUGAUAAUCCUUGAAGUAAUAUAAAAACACAGAGGUUUAUGAGCAAAAAAAGGAGGGAUAACCUUCCACCUCUCCUGGACCCUCAGGUCACAUUUGAAGGUAUUUUCACAAGACAGAAACUGAAAUUCAUCUUUCCUACAUUCCUGAGUGUUUUUAAACCUCACCAAGCUCUUUUUCCAGUCUGUGGGCUAUUUCUUGCCCCAGGAGGAAGUAUCUUAAUUGCCAUAAUCCCAUGGAGCCUGAGUUUAUAGGAAAAGAGAUAGUCAUACCCUACAGAUCUUUUUUCCAACAAAUUUUGAAAGGACCUGGCUUUAAAACACACACACGAAAAUACACCUAUGAAAUCAUCACAAAACUGCCCACAGAUGUUUAGGCUUUCUGCAUUGACAUUAAUACAUUUUUUAAGGGGGAAAUGGAAAUUAAAGCAACACCUGUUUAAUUUUAAACACAUUUUUUAAGAAAAAAUUGACUAAAAAAGAAACAGUGCUCAUGUCAUAAGCUAUGUUGACAGUCGCCAGUGGAAAUGUUGGGUUGGUUUAAAAAAAAAAAUAAAAGCUAUACUUAUA